AUGUUGGAGAGAGUGUUGUCCAUGCUGCCCGACGUAUCGCUCACCCAAUAUGACUUCCUGGAUUCAUCCUUCUUCAGAACCGAGGACGACGGCGCGCCCAUCCAUCGAAGGCUACCGAGUCCACAGGAGGUGCUGGACGCAAGUGGCGUGCCAUCGGGCUACGACGGAGUCCGACACUUCCCGGAGUUUGAAGGCCCAGGUUUGUUGGUCAAGUUUGGCCACCCCUCCCGAGUCUCCUUGGAGGAAGCAUUGGCAUUGCGGUCGACGCGCGAUUCGGGUCACGAGUCAAAUUUUAUCUACAUGAGUUUCCUCCUUGGCCAGACACUCCGAGAGGUGUGGGAGACUCUCAGCCACGAAGACAAUGCCUCCGUCACCCAGCAACUUGCAGACAUCGCAGGGCGCUUGAGAUCGGUGGAGCUGAGCUCUACUAUCCCGUUCAUUGGUUCCCUGAACCAAGGACCCGUCCAAGACAUCUAUUUUAGCCCAGAUCAGCACAAAGGGCCAUUCACGAGUCCUCGAGAGUUUCACGACUUUGUCCAAUACAUCUCUGAAGCUCGGAACCCCCUUGAAGACAGAGACGAAGACCUUUUCCGGCCCUUGCUACCAGAUACAGCACGAAUUUGUCUCACCCAUGCAGACCCCCAUCUUGGCAACAUCCUUGUUCUCCGCUCUCCGAACGGAGGCCGAUUCGGUGUAUCGGGGAUUGUAGACUGGGCACAGGCUGGCUGGUACCCUGACUAUUGGGAAUACUGCAAAGCCAUGAUUGUCGGACCCUACGGCGACGAGUGGAGAGAUGCCGGGUGGCUAGACAAGGUGCUUCACCCAACCGAGCACGAGCUCGACGCUUUUGAGGCCGUUGAACAGUAUUGGAACUCCCGAUGCCCAUGA